GGCGUUUGCAUAAUUUUUUGGGUGACGAAAGGCCAUUUUCUUUGGAUCUUGAUAGCUACAGAUCACGGAUUCUGCUUGAGCCUAUUCUUCAACGACGAUUAAGUCAAUUAAACAUCGAUUUGGGCGGAUUUAUUCUGGGUCAAUUUUUGGCAUAUUCCAAAGGGGUACCAUCAAUGAUUUCGGGCUUUUUUUUUAAUUUCAUUUUCUUCCGAUUCUGGAGGCUACAAAUAACGGAUUCAGGCCGAGCUAUUCUCCGCUGAUAAUGAAGUCUAUUCAUCCUAUUCUCCAUCGAUGAUAAGUCCAUUAAGUAGGGAUUUGGGCCAAUUCAUUUUUGGAUGACAUUUUCAUAAUGUUUUGGCCGACGAACGACCAUUUUCUUUGGAAUUCGAUGGCUACCGAUCACGGAUUAGGCCUGAGCCUAUUCUUCAACGAUGAUUAAGUCCAUUAAGCACUGAUUUGGGGGAAUUUAUUACGGGUCAAUUUUUUGCAUAUUCCAAACGUGGGUUCCAUCACAGAUUUCAACCGAUUUUUCCGAAAUGUUAUUUCUUUCGAUUCUAGUAGCUACAAAUCACGGAUUUAGGCCAAUAUUCUCCACCGAUAAUGAAGUCUAUUGAUCCUAUUCUCCAAGAAUGAUAAGUCCAUUAAGCACCGAUUUGAGCCAAUUGUUUUUAGGAAGGCAUUUUUCGUAAUUUGUUAACCGACGAAAGCCUAUUUUCUUUGGAUUUUGAAGGCUACAGAUCACGGAUUCGGCCUGAGGCUAUUCUUCAACGAUGAUUAAGUCCAUUAAACACCAACUUGAGAGGAUUUAUCCCGGGUCAAUUUUGGCAUAUUCCAAAGGGGUACCAUCACAGAUUUUGGGAUAUUUUUUUAUAAUGUCAUUUACUUUCGAUUUUGGAGGCUACAAAUCACAGAUUCAGGCCGAGCUAUUCUUCGCCGAUAAUGAAGUCUAUUUUCUUUAUUCUCCAAUGAUAAUAAGUCAAUUAAGCAACGAUUUGGACAGAUUCAUUUUCGGAUGACAUUUUCGUAAUUUUUUGGGCGACAAAAGGCCAUUUUCUUUGGAAUUUGAUGGCUACAGAUCACGGAUUCGCCCUGAGCCUAUUCUUCUACGAUGAUUAAGUCAAUUAAGCACCGAUUUGAGGGAAUUUAUUCCAAGUCAAUUUUUGGCGUAUUCCAAAGGGGUACCAUCGUACCAUCACAGAUUUUGGGCGAUUUUUCCGAAAUCAUUUUCUUUCGAUUCUGGAAGCGACAAAUCACUCAUUCAGGCCGAGCUAAUCUUCGCCAUUAAUAAAGUCUAUCGAUCCUAUUCUCCACGGAUGAUAAGUCAAUUAAGCAGCGAUUUGGGGCAAUUUAUUUUUGGAUGGCAUUUUCGUAAUUUUUGGGCAACGAAAGGCCAUUUUCUUUGGAUUUUAAAGGCUAUAGAUCACGAAUUCGGCUUGAGCCUAUUCCUCAACGAUGAUUCAGUCGAGUAAGCCUCGAUUUGGGCGAAUUUAUUCCGAGUCAAUUUUUGGCAUAUUCCAAAGGGGUACCAUCAUAGAUUUCGGGUGAUUUUUCUGAAAUGCAAUUUUCUUUCGAUUCUGGAGGCUAAAUAUCGCUGAUGCAAGCCGACACUAUUCGUCGCCGGUAAUGAAUUCUAUUGAUCCUCUUCUCCAUGGACGAUAAGCCCAUUAAGCAGCCAUUUGGGCCAAUUUAUUUUCAUAUGACAUUUUCGUAAUUUUUUGGGCGACGAAAGGCCAUUCUCUUAGUAUUUCGAAAGGCUACAGAUUACGGAUUCGGCCUGAGCCUAUUCUUAAAAGAUGAUUAAGUCCAUUAAGCAUCGAUUUGAGCAUAUUUAUUCCGGUUCAAAUUUUUUUACAGAUUCCAAAGGGGUACCAUUACAGAUUUUGGGCGAUUAUUUCGAAAUGUCAUUUUCUUUUGAUUCUGGAGGCUACAGAUCACGGAUUCAGGCUGAGGCUAUUCUCCACCGAUAAUGAAGUCUAUUGAUCCUAUUCUGCGCCGAUGAUUAAGUCAAUUAAGCACCAAAUUGGGCCAAUAUAUUUUGGGAUGGUUUUUUCGAAUUUUUAAGCGAUUUUUGGUAGAAAGGCCAUAUUCCACGAAGGAUAAAGAUGCUGGAUUCGGCCUAAGCUAUUCUUGAACGACGAUUAUGUCCAUCCAGGGCCAAUUUGCGAGGGUUUCUUCCGGUUCAAUUUUUGGCAGAUUCUGAAGGGGUACCAUCGCAGAUAUCAGGCGAUUUUUCCGAAAUCCCAUUUUCUUUCGAUUUUGGAGGCUACAGAUCACGGAUUCGGCUCGAGGCUAUUCUCCACCGAUAAUGAAGUCUAUUGAUCCUAUUCUGUGCCGAUGAUUAAGUCAAUUAAGCACCGAAUUGGGCCAUUAUAUUUUGGGAUGGCAUUUUCGUAAUUAUUUGAGCAAUUUUUUUUGAAAGGCCAUUUUCCUUGGAUUUUGAAGGAUAAAGAUGGUGGAUUCGGCCUGAGGCUAUUCUUCAAAUACGAUUAAGUCCAUCCAGGGCCAAUUUGGGCGGAUUUCUUCCGGGUCCAUUUUGGGCAGACUCCAAAGGGGUACCAUCACAGAUUUCGGGCGAUUUUUCCGAAAUGCCAUUUUAUUUUGAUUUUGGAGGCUACAGAUCACGGAUUCGGCUCGAGGCUAUUCUCCACCAAUAAUAAAGUCUAUUGAUCCUAUUCUGCGCCGGUGAUUAAGUCAAUUAAGCACGAAUUGGGCCAAUAUAUUUUGGGAUGGCAUUUUCAUAGUUAUUUGAGCAAUUUUUUUUGGAAGGCCAUUUUCCUUGGAUUUUGAAGGAUAAAGAUGGUGGAUUCGGCUUGAGGCUAUUCUUCAAAUACGAUUAAGUCCAUUCAGGGCCAAUUUGGGCGGAUUUCUUCCGGGUCCAUUUUUGGCAUACUCUAAAGGGGAACCAUCACAGAUUUCGGGCGAUUUUUCUGAAAUGCCAUUUUCUUUCGAUUUUGGAGGCUACAGAUCACGGAUUUGGCUCGAGGCUAUUCUCCACCGAUAAUAAAGCCUAUUGAUCCUAUUCUGCGCCGAUGAUUAAGUCAAUUAAGGACCGAAUUGACAAAUAUAUUUUUGGAUGGCAUUUUCGUAAUUAUUUUGAAAGGCCAUUUUCCUUGGAUUUUGAAGGAUAAUGAUGGUGGAUUCGGCCUGAGGCUAUUCUUCAACGAGGAUUAAGUCCAUCCAGGGUAGAUUUCUUCCGGAUCCAUUUUUGGCAGACUCUAAAGGGGUACCAUCACAGAUUUCGGGCUAUUUUUCCGAAAUGCCAUUUUCUUUCGAUUUUGGAGGCUACAGAUCACGGAUUCGGCUCGAGGCUAUUCUCCACCGAUAAUAAAGUCUAUAGAUCCUAUUCUGCGCAGGUGAUUAAGUCAAUUAAGGACCGAAUUGGGCCAAUAUAUUUUUGGAUGGCAUUUUCGUAAUUAUUUGAGCAAAUACUAUUUUGAAAGACCAUUUUGCUUGGAUUUUGAAGGAUAAAGAUGGUGGAUUCGGCCAGAGGCUAUUCUUCAACGACGAUUAAGUCCAUCCAGGGCCAAUUUGGGCGGAUUUCUUCCGGGUCCAUUUUUGGCAGACUCCAAAGGGGUACCAUCACUGAUUUCGGGCGAUUUUUCCGAAAUGCUAUUUUCUUUCGAUUUUGGAGGCUACAGAUCACGGAUUUGGCUCGAGGCUAUUCUCCACCGAUAAUAAAGUCUAUUGAUCCUAUUCUGCGCCGGUGAUUAAGUCAAUUUAGCACCGAAUUGGGCCAAUAUAUUUUGGAAGGCAUUUUCGUAAUUAUUUGAGCAAUUUUUUUUGAAAGGCCAUUUUCCUUUGAUUUCGAACGAUAAAGAUGGUGGAUUCGGCCUGAGGCUAUUCUUCAAUGACGAUUAAAUACAUCCAGGGCCAAUUUGGGCGGAUUUCUUCCUGGUCCAUUUUUUGCAGACUCCAAAGGGGUACCAUCACAGAUUUCGGGUGAUUUAUCCGAAAUGCCAUUUUCUUUCGAUUUUGUUGGCUACAGAUCACAGAUUCGGCUCGAGGCAAUUCUCCACCGAUAAUAAAGUCUAUUGAUCCUAUUCUGCGCCGAUGAUUAAGUUAAUUAAGCACCGAAUAUGGCCAAUAUAUUUUGUGAUGGCAUUUUCGUAAUUAUUUGAGAAAUUUUUUUUUGAAACGCCAUUUUGCUUGGAUUUUGAAGGAUAAAGAUGGUGGAUUCGGCCAAAGGCUAUUCUUCAACGACGAUAAAGUCCAUACAGGGCCAAUUUGGGCGGAUUUCUUCCGUGUCCAUUUUUUGCAGAAUCCAAAGGGGUACCAUCACAGAUUUCGGGCGAAUUUUCUGAAAUGCCAUUUUCUUUCGAUUUUGGAGGCUAGAGAUCACGGAUUCGGCUCGAGGCUAUUCUCCACCGAUAAUAAAGUCUAUUGAUCCUAUUCUGCGCCGAUGAUUAAGUCAAUUAAGCACCGAAUUGGGCCAAUAUAUUUUGGGAUGGCAUUUUCGUAAUUAUUUGAGCAUUUUUUUUUGAAAUGCCAUUUUCCUUGGAUUUUGAAGGAUAAAGACGGUGGAUUCGACCUGAGACUAUUCUUCAACGACGAUUAAGUCCAUCAAGGGCCAAUUUGGGCGGAUUUCUUCCGGGUCCAUUUUUGGCAGACUCCAAAGGGGGUACCAUCACCAAUUUCGGACGAUUUUUCCGAAAUGCCAUAUUCUUUCUAUUUUGGAGGCUACAGAUCACUGAUUCGGCUCGAGGCUAUUCUCCACCGAUAAUAAAGUCUAUUGAUCCGAUUCUGCGCCGGUGAUUAAGUCAAUUUAGCACCGAAUUGGGCCAAUAUAUUUUGGAAGGCAUUUUCGUAAUUAUUUGAGCAAUUUUUUUUGAAAGGCCAUUUUCCUUUGAUUUCGAAGGAUAAAGAUGGUGGAUUCGGCCUGAGGCUAUUCUUCAACGACGAUUAAGUACAUCCAGGGCCAAUUCGGGGGGAUUUCUUCCGGGUCCAGUUUUGGCAGGCUCCAAAGGGGUACCAUCACAGAUUUCGGGUGAUUUUUCCGAAAUGCCAGUUUCUUUCGAUUUUGGUGGCUACAGAUCACAGAUUCGGCUCGAGGCAAUUCUCCACCGAUAAUAAAGUCUAUUGAUCCUAUUCUGCGCCGACGAUUAAGUUAAUUAAGCACCGAAUAUGGCCAAUAUAUUUUGGGAUGGCAAUUUCGUAAUUAUUUGAGGAUUUUUUUUUGAAACGCCACUUUGCUUGGAUUUUGAAGGAUAAAGAUGGUGGAUUCGGCCAAAGGCUAUUCUUCAACGACAAUUAAGUCCAUCCAGGGCCAAUUUGGGCAGAUUUCUUCCGGGUCCAUUUUUGGCAGACUCCAAAAGGGUACCAUCACUGAUUUCGGGCGAUUUUUCCGAAAUGCUAUUUUCUUUCGAUUUUGGAGGCUACAGAUCACGGAUUUGGCUCGAGGCUAUUCUCCACCGAUAAUAAAGUCUAUUGAUCCUA